GUUUAAAUUUUUCAUUCAGUAUGACACAAUACUACCAUACGUGUUGAUAUUCUUUGGUGUAUUGACAAAAACGAACUAUAUAUAGUAAAAUGUUGAAAGUGCUUAAUUUCAGAAUGUGAGCAUUUAUUCCAGAGAUGGCUUUGAAGACUUACACUGGCCGGUGUCAUAAACUAGGACUUGGGUUUACAUCUUUGAGAAGGAACAGGUUAGUGGACUUUAAAAUUAACGAUGACAAUGUUAAACAUUGCUUAAAAGAAAAUUUAGACAAACAGUUUAUUAGGACAACGUUUACCUCUAGUAUCAUACUGAAGAACAAUGCCACACAAUUGCCAUUCCACAGGAAUUUCCGGUAUUCCACUUCUGCACGUGUCGGUAGCAGCGUGUUAGGUCUUGGAAAAGUGGAUUACUUAGUUAAUGUAAAAACUGGCGAUCAACUACACGCUGGAACUGAUGCUAAUGUUUACAUAGUGUUACACAGUGAAUCAGGACAGAAAACAGCACCAGUCAACUUGGACUACUUUUUUCGUGAUGAUUUCGAAAGGGGACAGCUUGAUAAAUUCAAGCUUAGGAACGUUUCACACUUGGAAGAUAUAUAUAAAAUAGAAAUUUGGAGAGACGAUAAAGGAAUAGGGUUUUCUGACUGGUUUCUUGAUUACAUUGAACUCGAGGCUGUAGGUAACCGGAAGCAGUUUAUGUUUCCCGUCUUCCGGUGGAUUAAACCGCACAAACAUUAUAUUAUUCACCACAUGGACAACUACCUUCCACAAUUUCACCCUGACCCAGAAGACAGACGCAAUGAACUGGAGCAGAAAAGAGAGAAUUACGAAUGUCAAUCCAAGGUCCCUGGUGGUCCCGCUCAGUUUAGUCAACUGCCUGUGCAAAGAAUGGCAGCAACAGCACAAGCAAAAUCAGACUAUGUCGUACUGGUUCGCACCGGGGACCGGAAGAGAGCCGGAACGGACGCCAACAUACGGAUUAUAUUCCAUGACAAUUUAGGAAACAAGACGGACAAAAUUCGUCUGCAUCAUGUUUUAAAAAAUGAUUUUGAAUGUGGACAAAUUGAUGAGUUUGUGAUCCAGAAGCAGACAGACCUAGCAACUAUUGAGAAAAUUGAAUUAUGGCGGGAUAAUUUUGGAUUAGGGAGCCGAUGGUACUGUGAUUAUAUAAUAAUCAAGAAAAAGGGAUCAGACAUAGAGUACAGUUUCCCUAUAUACAGAUGGGUCAAAGCGGAUGUGCACCACGUUUUUCGUCUGCACGACACGAUGCUCCCACAGCAGGACCCAAUGGCCGAGCAGAGAUGGAAAGAAUUGCAGAAGAAAAAAAAGAAAUAUGAAGUCGCGCAGAAAGUUCCUAAUGGUCCGGCCCAGAUUAAAGUUAUGCCAGCUGAUGAGGCCUUCUCAUUUGAUUACAAGUGGGAUAUCGUGAAGACGAAGGCACAAUUAAUACUUGCCAGCAAGAUUGUAAUGCUCAACAGUGGAAACUGGGAAAGUUUGGCGAGUUUGAAGAAUGUCUACACCAAAGAAAUAUUCUGUGAACCUCUGGGCACAAAAAGAUGGAGCAACGAUUUGUUCUUUGGGUACCAGAGGAUAGCCAGUAUGAAUCAUUCCUGUAUCGAGCUGUGUACAAAAAUUCCUGAAAAACUGGGCGUCACAGAUGAGAUGCUGCAUCCAUUUUUGGAGGGCUGGUCAUUGCAGCAGGUGAUCGAUGCAAAACGGUUGUUUAUGGUGGAUCAUAAAAUACUGGACGGCUUGCCGUGUAGAGAUAACUUUAGUUCAUGUGUUCCAAUUGGCCUGUUCUUCAUGAACAGUCACUAUCAUCUGGUACCAAUAGCGAUACAGUUGUACCAAGAAAAGGCACCAGAUAAUCCUGUGUUUUUGCCAGACGAUCCUCCAUAUGUAUGGAUGACAGCAAAAAUGUGGUUCAACAAUGCAGAUGCCAAUGUUCAUCAGUCACUCACUCAUUUAGGUUUCACCCAUUUGUUGAUGGAGGGCGUCACGGUUGUAACACAUAGAAAUCUUUCACAAUCACAUCCGCUGUUCAAACUUCUUGCGCCUCAUUUUCUCUACCUUAUCGCCAUAAAUACUCGAGGUUUAGAGUUGCUGGUAUCUCCCAAUGGUUGGGUGGACAAGACAAUGAACAUCGGUAUCAAGGGCAUGUUUGAACUCAUCAGAAGAGGAUUGAAUUCUUGGAGGAUGGAUGUUGAAGGAACAUUACCUGAAGAUCUGAAAAAACGAGGGAUCAGCUCACGCGGAAAACCCAUUCUACACGAUCCUCGGAGUAUAGCCAAAACGAGUAUGACACUCUGGUUGCUGGUACAUUUCCGUGAUGAGCCCUUUUGUUUACAUGCCACAACAAUAUGUGAAGAAAUAUGUGAUUUAUACUAUGAUACGACAGAUAAGAUCACUGGAGAUUGGGAGUUACAGGGUUGGGGUGCAGAACUUGUGAAAGAAAGAGAAAAGGGAGGAUGUGGAAUACUGGGAAUACCAGGAAAUGGCAAUUUCUCAUCAAAGGACCAGCUGUAUACAGUUCUUACAUCAAUAGUUUUUACAUGUAGUGUAUCCCAUGCCUCAACCAAUUUCCCGCAGUAUGAUGAAUAUGCUUUCCCACCUAACUAUCCAGCUUUGUUGAAGGGAACACCACCAAAAGAUAAGACUCCACUUGAGGAGAGUCAUAUCUUGAACAUGUUACCAGACAAGCCAACAACCAUGGAUAUGAUGAUUGUUACCAAAAUUCUCAGUCAGAGGGGAACCAGAAGUCUUGGUGAUUUUGAAGUCCAGUAUAUCUUUGAACCAGAGGCGAGAAAAAUCGUAGAUGAAUUUCGAGCAGACCUUGCAGAAUGCAGUAAGACAAUCAAGGAGAGAAACAAGAACCGUAACCCACAGUACACUGUUUUGGACCCAGAAAUUGUACCAAAUUCCAUCAGUAUCUGAUCAGUGGUAGAGGUCUUGGAACCAAGAAUGUUUGGACCAGAUUUUGAGAUUCAGAUAUUGAUCAGAAUUUCUUCAGCAUCUGAGCUGACACUGAAAGGGUUUUGGAACCAGGAAUUUUAGGACCAGAUUUUUGAGAUUUCUUAGUUGUAUGAGGAAAUUUACUAAAACAAAAAUCAGCAUUAAUAGGUAGAUCUGUGUUUCACUGGCGAAAGCUUCAUUUUGAAGAUUCGAUUAAUUGUCGGUGGUGAUAGAUAGUAGACUGUAGUGGAACGUUCUUCCAGAUUAUGUCAUUGACAAAUGUUUUGAAAAUUAAGAAAGCACUUUCAUUUCUUAUUAGUAUGAGGGUUGAACGCAAUACUGUCGUAAGUCCUUCUUUAUUUAAUAGGAGUUACUACAGUAUUGCGUUCAGCCCUCGAAUUUUUUAAUUUAAUUUAAAAAAAUUUAAAUUUUACUGUAGUAAAUUAAAAGUGUGAUUCAGUCCAUUUUAGACCGUAUUUCUUUAAAUAAAUUGCAUAUUUUUUAGAACAUAAAGGAAAGCUAUCUGAUGUUUUAGUCACAGGUUGCGUGUAGUAAUAUUUUUCAUAUUUAAAGUACCCAUAAAAUUUCAGCUUAGAACUGGUUUUUAAGAUUUUGAUGUUUAUCUGGAAAAACAUGUGUAUGCCACUUUAAAUAUGAUAAGUUAUUCAUUAGAAAUUCGCCUAUUAAAUUUGAAUGAGGCAGACAGUCUCCCCCUCCCUUCAAUCUCCUAGCUUUUUGUGUACUUUUCAAUGCAUUCUUUUUAAAAAAGGAUAAUUAUUACCUUGGUAACUACUUUUCAAAUUUUUGGUGAUAUUUUUUCAGUUUUACAGGUUUUUAUGAACUUUUUUACAAAAAAAAACGAAAACAAACAAACAAGCGAUUUAGUUUGUCCUGGUCAGAUUGAGCAGGGGCCAUUGUUUUGUCUAGGGCAUGAAUAUUGUCUUACACUAAUAGCUUUUCAUCAUUUAUACCACAUGACAUAAAUAUUCCAGUUUUCUUAUAAAGUGUGAUCUUUUUAAAUAUUUAUUACCCUAGCGGAAGGCUGCUCAUGUGUCAUAUUUAUAAACUUAACUCUUUCUGAAGCAUUACUUUAUUUUUUAUUUUCAGUAAUGUCUUAAAAUUUCUUUAUGUCUUUUUUUGCUCAGUAUCGCCUUUAAAACAAAUUUUAAAGUAUUUUUAGACUGGUAUGAAAAAAUGUCAGAAACCGUGUUGAUGCUGACAGAAAAUGUCAUCAUUUAGGUGAUAUCCUUUUGGUGUUCUGUAGACAAAAUGUUGCUGAAUUCAAUUUGUGAUCUCUGUAUAUAUAUAUGUAAAUAUACGUAAGAAAUUUCUCAGUUACAGUUAGAAAUUACAACAUAAAAGAUAUGUAUUAACUAACAAUUUGAGAACAAAAAUGUUGACAUUAAUUUUGAGUUGUUCCCCUUUAAAUGCAGGCCAACCUUGUUAUGUUUUACAGUGGAUGAUGGCAGAAACAUAUUUUAAAGUAUUAAUUGCAUGACAACUCGUCUUUAGUAUAGGUAUAUGCUGAAUUAGAAUAAUCAAGCAAUGAUUAUAGCUUACAUGACACAUAAAAAUCUUUAAGAAUUUCUGAAAAAAGGUAAUUUUUGAAUGAAAAAAACAAAAACAUCUGUUUCUGCAUCCAUAUUUAUACCACACUUCCAAGGUGAGGGUUACAAUGUGUUGCUCAUUGUUGGUUGAUCAGUCUGUUUUGGUUGGUAGAUUAUUUGGUUUCCAUUCAAUAAUUAGAGAAUGCUUUGCAUUACAGUGGUCAAACUUCAUAGGAUGAUUGCCUGUGAUCAGUAGGUGACCCUUAUUGGAUGGGUCAGUAGGUCAAAGGUCAAGGUCACAGCAACCUCGAAACUGAAAAUGGUUUCCAUUCAGUAAUAACUAAAGAGUGAUUUGAUCUGCGUGUUCAUCAAACUUCAUAGAACAAUUGUUAGAUGACCCCUAUCAUUUUGAGUCAGUAGGUCAAAGGUUAAGGUCAAAGUAAUGUGGAGACUGAAAAUGUUUUCUUCUCAAUAAUCAAAGAUUUUUUUGCCUGUUGAUCUUUAUAGGAUGGUUGCCAGUAGUCAGUAGAUGACCCCUGUUGUUUUGAGGUCAUUUGGCCAAUGGUCAGUGUUGCAGAAUACAAAAUUCCAUACAAUACCAACGGGCUGCCAUGGGGGCAUUAUUAAAGUAUUACAAACAGCUCUUGUUACAGUUUUUGUUUAAAAACUGAAUCAGACCAUUUCAAUGUGUUUUCAAUAUAUUAUAUCUUCUGUGUUUUACAUUCCCAGUUUUUCAAUCUGGGAUUAUUUUUUUUAUCUCAUUUUAUAUAAUGUUGCAGCUUUUAAACUACCUUGUAAUAAGAGAUGUGUGUAUGUCUUUGAUGUUUGUUUUUUUCUUCAUAAUAUGGGCUGAAAAUAUCAAAAAGUUAUUCCCCCUUUUUGUAGAAAACCUUCAUACAAGGGGAGCUGUCAAGCUGUCCCAAGUGUUAGGACAGGUUGACAUGUACUGUGAUCAUUUUUCUUGCUUACUACUGCAAAAUUUCAAAGAUAUUUUACAUUAUAAAAUGGUGCAGAUAGUUUAUAACUACAUUAUUAUUAUAUCUAGAUGUGCUCAUGUGUUAUGUCUUUUUGUUAGUGAAAAGGUACUGUAAAUUGAUCUACUACCAGGAUAUCCCUGUCUUUCCCCAGCUAGGUAGGCAAGAAAAUACUGUUGAUAAUUUAAAAAUGUUACUUUCUGUGGCUAAAAUACAGCUCAUCUAUAUAUGGCAAGUAAACAUUUAAAUUAAGUAUAAUGUAUGGCCAAUCUUUGUCUCAAAAUUGCUUUUGUACUCAUUCUUUUAUUCAGCAUUGCUACUGGUACAUCUGAUCAUGACCCGGCUUUAAAAUGUUACUGAAAAUAAAUCUUGACCACCUGUAGUACUGAGAUGAAGUCUUAUCUGAAGUUCCCGGGUGUUUUUAUUUUAUGUUUAAAACAUAAAGCAUAUGUCCACAUAAAUAUAUUUACAUUUACAUGGUUAUAAAAGCAGUAAUUUCAAUGCUGCACAUGAAUUUAUACUGUCAGGAGUUAUAAAAGGGAGGUAAUAAAAAGGAAUAUAUUAAAUAUUACUUCCUACCGUGUUAACCAAAUAUUCAAACUUACGGCAUUGAUAUAUGAAAUAUUAUGAGACAUAGAAAACAACUGUUAGCCACUAUGACCCUUUAAUCUUGAAAUGAAUUUUGUAUAUGUUACCUUUUUUCAGAAAAUUUAUUUUGUUUCAGUGUGUUUUAAAGCUUUUUAGAGUCUAUUUGUAUGUGUAUAUAAAUGUUAGCAUGACUGUUAGAUAAACUGUUUCAUCAUAUUAUAUUGUUAAUGUUGCUUUGGAUGUAAGAACAUUUCUUUCUACAUUAUAAAAUGAUCCAUUUUUAUAUAUCGAGAAUCUAUGUUUCUUUUUAUUGAUAAAGAUACAUUAUUAUAAUUAUGUGUAAGUGACCAUUCUUUUGUCUUUUUUUUUUUACUUUUUUCCUCUUAUCCUUUUGAAAAUAAAUGUUUAUUGUA